UAACAUCAUAUGCAACCCUGAACAUGCAAUUCACACAAAAGAUGUCAUUUUGACAGCGGCUCUUUUCUGUUCUUUUCCGGUAACAACGUUCGCAAUGGGUCGCGUCAGAACCAAGACUGUGAAGAAGGCCGCCAAGGUCAUCAUUGAGAAGUACUACACACGCCUGACGUUGGAUUUCCACACCAACAAGCGUAUCUGCGAGGAGGUUGCCAUCAUUCCCACCAAGCCCCUCUGCAACAAGAUUGCCGGCUAUGUUACCCACUUGAUGGGCCGUCUGCGUCACUCCCAGGUGCGCGGUAUUUCGAUCAAGCUGCAGGAAGAGGAGCGCGAGCGUCGUGACAACUACGUUCCGGCUGUCUCCGCUCUGGAGCAGGACAUCAUCGAUGUCGAUGCCGACACCAAGGAGAUGUUGAAACUGUUGGACUUCCACAACAUUCGUGGCCUGCAGCUUACCCAGCCCAACACCAACAACUUUGGACGUCGCAAUUAGGUUUUAAUCGGAAGGACAGUAGAUGCUGCUGGUGAUCCUUAAGUUCUACAAAGGCGCCUGUUUUUUUUGCUAAAUAUCAAAUGGUUGCAUCGACAACACAAUAAACAUCGUGUGUGAAAUGCAAAAAUAGAAA